UUUUUAUUUCUCUUAUCCAUUUUAUACCAUUGCAGCCAUUUUCCAUGGCUGUGCAAUGCUCUUCUUCUGUAAUAUUUGCCUCACAUUCACCAGCAAAAACCUUAUCUUCCUCUCAGAAUAAGACCCUUUUCUUGGGUUUCUCCAUCUCUUCAAAGCCCUCCGUUGUUGUUGCUAAGACCCAUCGAGCUACUCAAAUUUCUUGUCAAGAAAAGACAGCACUUGUUCCUCUGGAACAAAGAUGGAUGUUUGAAGAGUCUGAAAUUAAUGGCCCUGACAUUUGGAAUGAAACAUGGUAUCCCAAGGGUGCAGACCAUGUGAACACAGACAAACCUUGGUACAUUGUUGAUGCCACCGAUAAAAUUCUUGGAAGAUUGGCAUCAACUAUUGCAAUACAUAUCAGAGGGAAGAAUCUGGCUACAUACACUCCAAGUGUGGAUAUGGGUGCAUUUGUAAUAGUGGUUAAUGCUGAAAAGGUUGCUGUAUCUGGGAAGAAGAGGUCCCAAAAGCUUUACAGGAGGCACUCGGGAAGACCUGGUGGGAUGACGGUAGAGACUUUUGAUCAACUUCAACAGAGAAUUCCAGAAAGAAUCCUUGAGCAUGCUGUCCGUGGCAUGCUCCCGAAAGGGAGACUUGGUAGACAAUUGUUUAACCAUCUUAAGGUGUAUGAGGGUCCAGAUCAUCCUCAUGACGCGCAGAAGCCAAUCGAGUUGCCUAUACGAGACAAGAGAAUUCAAAAGCAACGGUGAACUCUAGUUUCCAUGAAACGUCAUCGAGAGAUCAGCCUGCAGUUUCACAUUUCCCAUUUCUUAGCUGUUUUUUGUUAUCCAGUACAAAUUUAUUUGAUUCCAGAGCUCUUGUUUGUGUAGGUUUGUUAAGCAAAUAAGCAUUCAUCUUCUGGUUUCAGUUUUGUAUGCGAAAUUUGCAAUAUUUUGACCUUCGUCUAUAGUUUGGUCUAACUAUGUCUUUACCGUCACUU